CCAAACAAAACUAUAGAGUGUUUGAUAUUAAACAAAAUUGAUUGUGUCGUUUCUCACCUUUUUUCAUUUUUCUUUUUUGUUCCCUCUUCUACUCUAUAAAUGCAAUCUCUCUUCCCAACGCCAUUUUUCCCAUUUUUAAUUUCUUCCUCCAAUAACACACAAAGAAACAGAGAGUUUUCCUUUCAUUUCGUUUCGUUUUCUUUCAAUCUCUGAAAACAGAGAGAGCAAUAAAUUAAUAACAAUGUCGAGCAUUAUCGAAGAAGAAGAAGAUCCUCGCAUCAAUGGCAUCCGAACCAAAAUUCGAGUGGUUCCUAAUUUUCCAAAACCAGGUAUAAUGUUUCAGGACAUCACGACUCUGUUACUUGAACCUAAAGCGUUCAAGGAUACCAUUGAUUUGUUCGUUGAACGAUACAAGGGCAAAAACAUCUCUGUCGUUGCAGGAAUUGAGGCUAGAGGGUUUAUUUUUGGUCCUCCUAUUGCUUUGGCUAUUGGAGCCAAGUUUGUGCCCUUGAGAAAACCAAAGAAAUUACCUGGUGAAGUAAUGCAUGAAGAGUACGUGUUGGAAUAUGGAAGAGAUUGCAUAGAAAUGCAUGUUGGGGCUGUUAAGGCUGGGGAACGUGCUUUGGUUGUUGAUGACUUGAUUGCCACUGGUGGUACUCUCUCUGCAGCCAUCAAUUUACUUGAACGAGCUGGAGCCGAAGUGGUUGAAUGUGCUUGUGUAAUCGAAUUACCAGAAUUGAAGGGUCGAGAGAGAUUAAGUGGUAAAUCAUUGUACAUUUUAGUGGAGUAUCGACACGGUUAAGUCGCUGCCGAUGACGUGGGUGAAACCAAGAUGUGUACAUUGGAGGAAUACCCUUUGUUGCCAGAUUCAUUUUUUGAUCUCUCAUCUCUCACAGUUUGUUUGUUCUUCUUGUUCCUCAGCUUCUUGCUUUUGCUCUAUUUAAUCAUUGAAUUUUAUAUUUGGGAACUUUAAAGUUUCUCAUGAAAAAAAAAAAAGAGAGAGAGAAAAAGAAAAAAGAAAAGAGAGAGAGAUUUCUUUUGACCACCAUUCUUUUCUUUCCUUGACUUACUUGAAGCAUUUUUCUUGGGGGGAUUUGCAGCAGAGAGUUCAAAUAUUGAGUAUGGUUUAUUUGUUGCUAAAGGUAUGAUUAGGUGGGGAAGAAAUAGGAUGUCCAUUUCAUUUUGUAUGUAGGUCUUCUAUUAUUAUGUAAUCAUUGUGACUUCAAAUAAUCUAUGGUUCUUGUGGUUUGUUCA